CGAUGGAAGCCGGGCAAGAUCCCCCGCCGGCGGCGUGAGCGCCUGCCCCGCGUCCCCGGGAGAAACCCCCCGACCCCGCCGGUGUAGGAGGCGGCAGCGGCGACCUUCCCGGGAAAGCCUCAACCGUGUGAAAAGCCAGGAAGGGCCAUGGGGCGAUAGGCCAACCCCGGAGGUCAGAGGGAUGGCAGCGUAAGCAAGGCCGUUUAGAGGGCGAUGAUGGAGACCCUUCCUCAUGGCAGCUCCAGGAACCUCCUUCUGGCAGCCUGUGUGGUUCUCUGGAACCACACCCAGCCAAGCAAACUCCUGCUGUGAGCGAGGAUCCAGGAAGACGCCCCCCUCCCACCCCCCAGGAUGUGCAACACGAGCCAAGCCAGCUGGAGCUGCCCUGUGGACUCCAGGAUAGACCACCUCUUCCCGCCCACCUUGUACAUCAUCGUCAUCACGGUGGGGCUGCCAACCAACUGCAUGGCCCUCUGGGCGGCCUACCUGCAGGUCCGGCAGAAGAACGAGCUGGGCGUCUACCUGAUGAACCUGUCCAUCGCGGACCUGCUCUACAUCGCCACGCUGCCCCUCUGGAUCGACUACUUCCUCCACUACGACAACUGGAUCCACGGGCAGGAAUCCUGCAAGCUCUUCGGGUUCAUCUUCUACACCAACAUUUACAUCAGCAUCGCCUUCCUCUGCUGCAUCUCGGUGGACCGCUACCUGGCUGUGGCCCAUCCGCUGCGCUUCGCCAAGUUCCGGAGGGUCAAGACGGCAGUGGCCGUCAGCGCGGUGGUGUGGACCAUCGAGAUUGGGGCCAACUCUGCCCCCCUGUUCCACAACGAGCUCUUCCACGACCGCUACAACCACACCUUCUGCUUCGAGAAGUACCCCAUGGAGGAGUGGGUGGCCUGGAUGAACCUCUACCGGGUCUUCCUGGGCUUCCUCUUCCCCUGGGUGCUGAUGCUCUUCUCCUACCAGGGCAUCCUGCGGGCCGUGCGCGGCAACGUCUCCACGGAGAAGCAGGAGAAGGCAAAGAUCAAGCGCCUCUCGCUCAGCCUGAUCGCCAUCCUGCUCAUCUGCUUUGCCCCCUACCACCUCAUCCUGCUCUCCCGCAGCACCGUCUACCUGAGCAAGCCGGGUGACUGCAGCUUUGAGGAGAAGGUCUUUGUGGCUUAUCACACCUCCCUGGCCUUCACCAGCUUGAACUGCGUGGCCGACCCCAUCCUCUACUGCUUCGCCAACGAAGGCGCCCGGAGCGACGUGGCCAAGGCCCUCUCCACCUUGGUGCGCUUCCUCACCAGCUCCAAGCCCCAGGAGAUGGCCAGCGCCUCGCUCACCCUCGACACCCCUCUGUCCACCAAGAAGAGCGUCUUCUGCCGGCAGCCCCUGGCCUUCCCGCUGCCCCCCUCCUCACAGGCCGGUGGGCUGGGGAUGGGAGACGAGGAUCUCCACAUGAAGAUCCUGACUUUUAACCGGUGACUGUUCCUGGG